UAACGUAUUGGAAAGGUGAAAGAUUUAAGGAGUAUAUUAAAAAAUGUAUCUUGUAUUUUCCCUAGGUAGUUCACCAAAUUAACGAGUGUUUUCAUUUUGGUUUCAAAACACAAACCGCCUUUCAUGAACAUUUGGAGUUUGAUACAUCAAAAUUCAACAACCAUACCAAAAAUACCCAGAUUCUGGACGUUAGACAUCAUCUCUUAAAACUCCAUUCAUUCAAACAAUUUACUUUUUUCUGGUAGUUGGGUCCCACCAUUCUGCAUAGCGUAUUAUUGCCUGUAUUCACAUCAUGCUAUAUAUCAUAUGAUCAACGUUAAUACUACUUUCUUACUAUAUUUUAAAAAUAUAAUUCCCCCCUCUUAUUUUGUAGUAAUACAAACAUUCUACAUUCCAAACACUCCCUUAACUUUCUCUCUCUCUCUUUCUGCCAUUUUUGCUUCUUUGGUUUCUCCGAUGAGUGGAAUUCAAACUUUUCUUUGACUCAACAAUUUCAGGUUAAACUCUUGCAGAAGAGAAACUAUGAGUGAAUCAAACCCUGCCAUCCCCUUAAUGCCCAAAUCAAAUUCAAGGAAGCUUCCUGAUUUUAAGCAAUCUGUCAAGUUGAAAUAUGUCAAAUUGGGUUAUCAUUACCUCAUUACCCAUGCAAUGUAUUUGUUCCUAUCCCCUCUCAUUGUUGUGGUUGUUGCCCAACUCUCCACUUUCUCUCCACAUGAUGUCUAUGUCCUUUGGGAACGCCUUCGCUUCAAUUUGAUAUCGGUGAUUGUAUGUUCGACCCUGCUGGUUUUCUUAGCUACCCUGUAUUUCCUCACUCGUCCCCGCCCUGUGUAUCUUGUGAACUUCUCGUGCUACAAGCCUGAGGAUGCUCGCAAGUGCACGAGGCAGAUUUUCAUGGAGAGGUCCUGUUCCAUUGGUACAUUCACGGAGGAAAACCUUGAGUUCCAAAGGAAGAUUCUCGAAAAAUCAGGACUUGGUGAAGACACGUACCUUCCUGAAGCUGUUAUUCGAGUUCCUCCAAAUCCUUGUAUGGAGGAGGCUAGGAAGGAAGCUGAGAUGGUGAUGUUUGGAGCCCUUGAUGAGCUAUUUGCUAAGACGAAUGUGAAGCCUAAGGAGAUUGGGAUACUAAUAGUGAAUUGUAGUUUGUUUAAUCCUACUCCAUCGUUAUCAGCAAUGAUUGUGAACCACUACAAGCUACGAGGCAAUAUUGUUACUUAUAAUCUUGGUGGGAUGGGUUGUAGUGCUGGAUUGAUUUCAAUUGAUCUUGCUAAGCAUCUUCUACAAGUUCAUCCUAAUUCUUAUGCCGUGGUUGUUAGCAUGGAAAACAUCACUUUGAAUUGGUACUUUGGGAAUGAGAGGUCGAUGUUGGUUUCUAACUGUUUAUUUCGGAUGGGAGGAGCUGCAAUUUUACUCUCAAACAAGAGGUCUGAUAGAUGGAGGUCCAAAUAUCAGCUAGUCCACACUGUCCGAACCCACAAAGGUUCAGAUGAUAAGUGCUUCACUUGUGUUACCCAACAAGAGGAUCCUGAUAGAAAAGUUGGAGUUGCUUUGUCGAAGGAUUUGAUGGCUGUUGCAGGAGAUGCUCUCAAGACUAAUAUCACUACUUUAGGCCCUCUUGUGCUUCCUAUGUCUGAGCAGUUGCUUUUCUUUGGCACUCUGAUAGGAAAGAAAUUCUUGAAGAUGAAGUUGAAGCCCUACAUUCCAGAUUUCAAACUGGCUUUUGAGCAUUUCUGCAUUCAUGCUGGUGGAAGGGCUGUUCUUGAUGAGUUAGAGAAGAACCUCCAGCUCUCUGAUUGGCAUAUGGAACCUUCUCGAAUGACACUCAAUCGAUUUGGGAAUACCUCAAGCAGCUCCCUGUGGUAUGAACUUGCUUAUACAGAAGCGAAAGGGAGGGUUAAUAGUGGAGAUAGAAUAUGGCAGAUCGCGUUUGGUUCUGGUUUUAAGUGCAACAGUGCAGUCUGGAGAGCUCUGCAGAGAGUGAAUCCUGCAAAAGAGAAGAAUCCAUGGAUGGAUGAGAUCCAUUUAUUCCCUGUGGAUGUCCCGAAGGUUUCAUCGAUCUCAAAUCGGAAGUAAAAAAAAAUUAUUAUGUUGUUUCUUUGCAAAUUUAAUCUUUCUCCAGGUGUGCAGUAGAUAUUACAGUUAACAUGUUUUUUGCUGUUUUCAAGUAGAGAGUUUGUUUUAGUCUCUUAUUUUCUGGAGAUGAUAGAGUAAAUUGUAAUUAGGUGCAGAUUGGAAAGACUACUUAUUGAGGUAGUGAGCUAGUGACAGACUAAGCUAGUAUUUCUGAUCUUGUUUCCUGAUUUAGAUUAAUUUGUGUACUUAUUACUAUAUUUUAGUUGAGUGUUGAUUGGUUUCAUAA